GCCCCGGUGGUGUGACAACAUGGAGCUCUCCUCCCAUAGCCGCCAGCCAGGGGCUCCGCCAGCAGCAGCCCGGGGUGAGUCAGCCCCCAGCAGCUGAGCUACAGCUGAGUGAGAACCACCAGCCUCCAAGGGGCGUGCCUCCCGGCCCCCGGUCACACCCCUCUCCCUCAGCAAUGAUUUAGAAGUUCAGGAAUCCCACGUGACGUCACCCAGAGGUGAUGUAAUGCUGCUCUAAAUAGAACGUAUUGUAAUCUUCCCUCAGUCCACCGUGGUUCCUUUGUAGUACAGGGCACUGUGUCUUUAAAUCCGCCUGUGUGUGUGAGUGAUGCAGGGGGAAAGUCACUCCCCACUCCAGAAAGAAGCGGAGAGGAGUCUCUAAGCAGCCUGUGAGAAGAGAGAGAAGUGUUUGCCCUGUACAUGCUGCAGCCAAAGUUAGAACUGUGACAUUAACACUUACCUGCUCCAGUACCCCUUCCAGCUCAGGUCUCUGGGACCCAGCAACUUUCCUUACAGGUCCUUCUUCUUUCUUUUUGUAACAAACUCAAGAUACUACAGUCGCCCACAUACAUUUUGCUGAUCCACUUCUACACUUGUUGGAUAUAUGACGAAUCAGAGAUGAAUUUGGAGCAAGACCGGUCCUUUGUAUGCAAUGCUCCUGGCUGCUCGCAGCGAUUCCCCACUGAGGAUCACUUGAUGAUUCACAGGCACAAGCAUGAAAUGACCCUGAAGUUUCCUUCAAUAAAGAAUGAUAACAUGCUGUCAGACCAGACACCAACACCAACUCGGUUCUUGAAAAACUGUGAGGAAGUCGGGCUGUUCAAUGACAUUGACUUGGAGCAUGAAUUUAGAAGCGCCCAAGAGGAAGAGAACAGCAAAAGGACGAUCUCCCUGCAUAAUGCAGUUGGGGGAAUGGCAGGACCUGGGUCACACCAGCUAUCAAAUGCAAGACUGCCAAACCAUGAUACCAGCGUUGUCAUUCAGCAGGCAAUGCCAUCGCCCCAGUCCAGCUCAGUCAUCACACAGGCACCUUCCACCAAUCGCCAGAUCGGGCCUGUCCCGGGCUCUCUGUCUUCACUACUGCAUCUACACAACAGACAGCGACAACCCAUGCCUGCUUCUAUGCCUGGCACGCUGCCCAACCCCACCAUGCCUGGAUCCUCUGCCGUGUUGAUGCCUAUGGAAAGACAGAUGUCAAUGAAUUCCAAUAUCAUGGGGAUGCAGGGUCCCAACCUAAGCAACACUUGUGCUUCACCUCAAGGCCCUCCAAUGCAUUCAGAUGCCAAAAUGAGAUUAAAGGCAGCUUUAAGCCAUCAUCCUGGAACAAUAUCUAAUGGAAAUAUGAAUUCAAUGGGACAUAUGAUGGAAAUGAUGAGCUCCCGACAGGAACAGACUCCACAUCAUCAUAUGCACUCGCACCCCCAUCAGCAUCAGAACUUGUCACAGCAUCACCCAUACCCUCAUCAGCAGCACCAGCACCCAACACAUCAUCCUCACUCUCAGCCCCAUCACCAACAGGGGCAUCCUCAUCAUCACUCCCAUUCACACCUGCAUCCGCACCCGUCACACCACCAGACGUCACCGCACGCUCCUCUGCAUGGGGGCGGACAAGCACAGCUCUCACCAGCAGCACAGCAAAUGCAACCCACUCAGACAAUACAGCCCCCUCAGCCCACGGGAGGCCGACGCAGGCGGGUGGUGGACGAGGAUCCAGACGAGAGGCGGCGAAAGUUUCUGGAAAGGAACCGAGCAGCUGCUACCCGGUGCAGACAGAAAAGGAAGGUCUGGGUGAUGUCACUGGAAAAGAAAGCAGAGGAACUCACCCAGACAAACAUGCAGCUUCAGAAUGAGGUGUCCAUGUUGAAAAACGAGGUAGCACAACUCAAACAGCUAUUGCUAACACAUAAAGACUGUCCUAUAACUGCCAUGCAGAAAGAGUCACAGGGAUACUUGAGUCCCGAGAACAGCCCCCCAGAGAGCCCGGUCCCUGCCUGCUCCCAGCAACAGGUCAUCCAGCAUAAUACCAUCACAACUUCCUCGUUAGUCAGCGACAUGGUUGGAAGCUCCUCGCUCAACUCUCUGGCCAACCACAGAACAGACCUAAAUCCCAUUCUCUGAAACAAAUGGGUUCAAAAACUGCCUACAGGAGUUUGGUAUUAAAUCAGAUCUUCCAUUUAUAUGAACGUUUUCUCAACCUUAUUUGAAUCCUGAACGUCUCUUCAGUCAUUGGAAGGCCCUGCCUUUCCUUUUUUAUAGUAUUCAUUCAAAAUGUGUCUUGUUUUUCUUAUAAGAAAAGGGAUUUAUGCAAUUAAUAUGCUCGCAGUUUUGGGAAAGGCGCAAGGCUUUCUCAGUGUUCUGGUACAAUGUAUUAGUUUAUGAACUGAAGCAUUUAUGUACAGUUACAUUUUUUUUCUUAUCAGUCUACAAAGUGGCCUGAUACAUUUGUUCUUUUUAUAUAUAUAAAAAAAAAUGAUAUAAAAAUAGAUUGUCAGCCAUUUCUGCUCAAAGACCAGACUUAAGUGCUCGCACCAAUACUUUAUAGUGUAUCUGUCAUUCGUACACAGUGGAGUUGCUAUAACAAUAUUUAGCCGAAUGCAGCCUAUUAAUAAAGUAGGAACCAACAAGGUGACAGAGGUGUGAGGCACAAAGUGCCUCAUGCUUCAGUGAUGUCACUAAUUCUAAUGAAUAUUGGUUCAGCCCGCAUAAUUACUGCAUUCACUGUGUGUCGGUGACAAGUACAUUUCAAAAGUAGCGCUGCAGAAAUAAGUGCACCAAUAUUUGUUACAUUACCAGUAUACUAUCCUUUACAUUUCAGAAUCUGUGGAAUCUUUUUAGAAUACAAAAGUAAAUCUACUAAAAUAUUAACCUCAUGUAAAUUAAUUUGUUCUGGUAUCAUCGCUAAUCAUUGAGUUGUGAUGUCAUCACAUUAAAGUUCAUUAGGAAAUUUGGUAUAUUAUAUGUGACAACACUGCCCCUACUGUAUUUUAUUACAGCUACUGGAAGUCUCCUGGCUAGACCUGUAUAAAAACACUAAAUUGUCAGCAUUCUGAUUUACAUGGUCACAAGGUAUCUCAGUUACGACUAGUAUCCUUAUAACUUACAGUAUGUGCUGGGUUAUCCCACACACAAACCAGUUCCGCUGCAUCCGAAGGUGAGGAGUAUUAUUUAACAAACAGAUGUAGCCAGCAUUAUUAAUGCAUUACAGUUGCAUCAUAUUGUUUUCUGGAUUCUAAAGCUCUACAUCAAAUUCAUAUGCAGAGUUUCCAUCUGCACUUUUCUAUAUUUUUGCCCCAAAGAGAAGCACCAAACUGAUCCUAUAGCACUGUUCACAUCUGUCAUUCUAAAACUGCAUAUUGUCAAAAAUAUCUUCUAUGAAACAGCAACUUUCUGAAAUGUAUUGUAUGCUGUAUAUGACUGUUACACAAUCUUUCCAAGUCCUGUCCAGGUCUGAGCAUGCACUGUACUUUUAUUAAUUUAACCCAGUCAACCAAAACAAUGUACAGGCCUUUUUAUACAUUAUAUAUAUAAAUAAAUAUAUA